AGGUCAGCUGCGGUCAACGCGGGAACGUCCUCCUGACGUUACUCUGCAUGCUCUCCUAGUACACAAAGUGCCUUCUGGCCUGAUACGAUCCGCUACACAUAGGUCCUCCAAACUUCGGGUUGUAGACGAAGCCUAUUUUUAAUUUAUUGGCAUCUCAAUGUUACUUUAUAAAUGCCACAGAAACAAUUGCUUGUUUGUGCUUUGUAUGAUUAUAACCGUCAACAUACCGAUGAGCUUUCAUUUAAAAAAGGAGACGUACUAAGAGUUUUGAAACAAUUAGAAGGUGGUUGGUGGGAAGGUAGCUUGAAUGGAUUUGUUGGCUGGUUUCCUAGUAACUAUGUAACAUAUGCUACCAGUUCAGAUGAGAAGGGUACUCCCACUACUGAUGAAAGUUCGUUGAUACACUUACAAAACUUUCAAAACGAGAUUAUACAGCAUGUUUUAGAAGGUGAAUUAAGACAAGUUAGUGAACUAUCUCAGUUAUUGUCAGUAUUUAUGAUUAACUUGGAGCCUCUACUUCACUUAUCAUUCUUGAACAAACUCGUCAAUUUAAGAGAUAUAUUAUUUCAGACCAUUAGUAUACAUCAACAUUUGGCCUCGGCUUUAACAGAAAUGAAAUGUACACGUGGACCGAAAUGUAUGGGUCGGCUAUUUUUAGAUUUUGCUCCAGCAAUUAAUGCAGUUGGGUGUGAUUAUUCAAAAAUUUAUUUAUAUGUUAUAACAGGAUUAGAAGAACAUAUUACAGAAGUAACAAAAUAUAUGAGUUCAUUUAAUAUUAAAUUACAAUUGGUCCAUUGUAAGCAACAACUCACUCUUAUAUUUGAACGUUUGGGUCGUUAUCCUUUGCUUUUAAAAGAGAUGGAACGCUAUUUAGAGGAGCCACAUGUUGACCGACCCGACAUUGUUCGUGCAAUGAAUGUUUAUAGUGAAAUAACGGAAAGGUGUGCAAUCCUUAGAAAAUUUAAAGAGUAUGAUAUGAAUGUAUUACUGUCAGUAAUAAAUGGAUGGCGAGGACCGCCCAUACAACAACUUGGUGACCCAAUUCUCACUCUACGUGUUCUCCUAGUCAACAUACAAGUAAACCAAUCAAUGAUAACUCUACCGGAUUUCAUUCAAAUAAAUGAUAUAUUAACAAGAAAAAUGCAAUUAUCAUUAUUGGUUAUAUUUCCUACCUGUGUGCUCCUGUUGGCUAGAACAAAUCAAACUAAUGUUUACGAUUAUACUGUCAAAUUACCAUUGAGCAAUUUGGCUGUGAUUAGGUCGACCGAAAGUGAAACAGAUUUGGAUUUAUUGAUUACAGAUCUUAAUUCCAUGAAUAUGGAUGUUAUUCCCUGUCAAAUAACACUUGCAUGUACAGAUCAAAAUGCUAGAGAUCUUUUGGUAUCUACAUUAACUGACCUAAUACAAUAUCAGACCCAGAAUGAACAACAGUUACCAGAUAUUGAUCAAGGCCAUAUAAAAGAUGAGAGUAUUUCUUUGGAUUUCUUCAGUCAACCUGAUUCGAGUAGUUUGGACAAACAUGGGAAUACAUCUCUAAGUUCUUUACCUUUACAAAAGGACACACUAGAUAAUGAACAUUUAAAAUUAUCAUCAAAAGUGACCAGAGAUGAAAAUAAUCAGAUUAGUCAGCAUCAAUCAACACUGAUGUCGACAUUGUCCAUGAAAGAUCCUCAAAGUUUCAAGUUUCCUCCUGACUCCACUGACAAUUUGGUUGUUCAGCACACUUACACAAAAGAUAUUUCUAAACUAUCCUUUUUCAAUAAUGAUAAUGAUAACACUGUAAAAAUCACAGAUAAUUGUAAUUUAAUCAGCGAUUCGACUAAUAAUAAUGAUAAUAAUAAACGUCGCUUCUCUACAUCAUUGAAAAAGAAUAAAGCUCCUAGACCAUUAACUGAACCAUCAAAUAUAUGUGCUGAAGAAUUGAACAAUGAAAGUCAACAACAAUCAUCAGUUAUUGACUCUCAAUCAAAACAAAUCUUUACACCAAUGGAUAACACCUGCACAGUGGUUCGAACUUCAGAUGUAUUAACACCAUCUUCAGGCUUACGUUUUUUACCUCAUAGAAUUACUACUAAUGCCCAUGUUCUCUGGUUUGAUAUUGAUAAAUCGAUAGUUGGUACACGACAAUCAUAUUCAACACCGAAUGAUUUGCCUGGUAUUAUUCCUUAUAAAAAUAAUGAACAAUUAUCAUCUGAUAAUGACUUAGUUCAUGCAAUUCAUUGUCUUCGUGUCGAUGGUCCAUUAGAUUUUAAUAGAGACGAUGGAAUCGGUUCAGUUAAUGCAUUAAAUAAUUUGGGAUUGCUUAUUGAUCAGAAUAUUCCUGGUUUGUUGGUAGAUUUUUCUAUUUUGCACAAGAAUCAAUACAACCGUGUGAGAGCUCAAAGUCCUAAGGUUACUGAUUCAAGUAAGGAAUCACGUCGUAAACGUGGUGGAACUGUACAAUUCUUAUGUAAUAGUAAGUUAUUCUUCAUUUCAUACUUUUAACGUAUGAAUUUGCCUCACUUACCCAUUUAGUUUAUUUCUCCAUUCAUUCGUGGCAAGUGCAUAUGUAACUAGUCAUUUCCUGUGAGAAAAAUUUUAAAAGGAUAUUGUUGUGAUGAGCGGUGUCCGAAAAGCUAUCCUGAUAUAUGGUAUACUACGCGCUAAUCCCCGAACUGACUGUUUGAACGAGAAAGUGUUUUCGACGAUCGAAUAAAAUGCACAAAUACUCAUAUAAACACCACUCUAAUCCUUAGGAAACUCAUCCAUUCGUUAGUCAGUGAAAUAAAGUUGACUUUUAGGUCACUUUUGAUUGACAUUGAUUGAUCUUCUCAUUAUGCUACUUCUGAUUAGCUUUCUAUUUCUGCUAUGUUUUGUUUGAAUUCAUAUGCUAUGUCUUAGGGAUAAUAAUAAUCUACCUGUAUACUAAUUUUUCAUACCGCUAGUUUUUCAUGUUUAUGUGGGGUAAUAACUAUCAGUUCACUGCAUACAUGUAUAGGACACAGACAUUAAAAAUAUGUUGUAAAAAAUGUUACCGCUUCAAACCAUUUGGUGCCUUCCCUUCCCUUCUCUUACCUACUUUCUCCUUAAAAAAAAAUCAAUUGAUAAUGUAACCGCUACAAAUUUUGUACUUCAUUUCGAGUCACAAUGUUUUUGUGUGGUCCUGUAAUACUACUUAACUCCUCAAACUGACUUUAACGGAGUAGGGUUCGAACAUGUGACUCAUUUAUGAUUAUUGCUUUAACCACUAACUAUAUAUGAAUUGACUAAGGUAUCCAUUUUGUUAAACUUCAAUGAUCCAUGUUAGCCAUCUCUUUAACAUCAAAUGUUCAUUACUCUAUGAGUUGCACGUAUUAGACUUAGUCGUUCUCAGUCGGAAAUGGAAUGAAAUGUUCUUUUUGAACCAUAUGGUUAAUGAUCAUCGAGCAAACAAGGUAAGUUUCGUUUACUUAUUGACUAAAAAUACCUUGUUACACUAUAUGUAUAUAAUUGUAAUAUGAUGUUAAAUUCUAAUUUAGAUCGUCAGAAAAGUGCUAUCACUGCAGAAGAUGUAUUACGUUCAGCUGGAAAAAUCCAUGAAAAUGAACUCCGAACAGUGGAUGAUACGAAAAUCUUAAAAGUUAUUGAAGCAUAUUGCGCUAGUUCAUGGACACAUCCCAGUUAUCGAACAUUGGACUCCGUAAAAAAUGAAUGUCAAAUAGGUGGUCAAGGUAUUCUGUCACCGGUUGAAAGCCGAACAUUAUUACAAGAUUUCCGAUAUCCUAAAAAGCCGUCUACAUCAUUUCUAUCCACAUCAUCAUCGGGUAUGCAUUCAAGACAAGAUCAAAACUCACAUAUAACUGAUGCUUCCAUAUUUGAGUUAUCUCGACAAAGUUUACCUCUUUCUAUGUUUAGUUCAAAAGCAUCAUUGAAACGAUCUGAAUCAAAGAAUAAAUCACAAACAUGCUUAUUACAAGAUGGUACAAUUUGUUUAAAUCAGAAUGCGGCAGCUAAUGUGAUCAAUUCAAACAGUAAGAUUAUCUCCAGUGUUACAACUAAUACUAGUUGUAGUAACUGUAAUCCAUGCAAUCCUAAUCAAUCUUCCAGUAGUUAUACGCAUAACAUACAAUGUGAAUCAAUUUUAAAAACAUUUUCACCACCUCCAGUAAUUCUACCAACACACAGUGGUCGACGUUAACCUAAUGAAUUAUCCAUGUUUAUUAUUUAGUAAUCUAUAUUUGUUUACUUCAAUUUCAUCUCUAUAAUUAUGGCUUAUUUUUUAUUUCAUUAUUUUAAAUUGAGGCAUUUAGUUAUUUACUUGUUUUGUUAUCGAAUUUAGUGUUUAUCAUUUGUUCCACUGGUUUAUUAUUAUUAUUAUUAUUAUUAUUAUUAUUAUUAUUAAUUAUUAAUUAUUAUUUCUUCUUCAUUCACACCUAAGCGAUAAUAUUCUCAAUAUCCCUAUAAUUUUCAUCAUUGUUUUUUAUCAAUGAUAAAUAUUUGUCUUGAAUUUAUUUUAUUGUGUAUCCACUAUUCAAUUUAGCUGAUGAUAGUUACUACAACCAUUAUUACUCCUCCUCCUAGUACUACUAUGACUAUUACUAUUAAUACUAUUAUUAUUAUUAUUAUUAUUA